UGAAACGGAAAGCGCGAUUUCCCCCGCCCUGGAGGGCAGCAAGUGGGCCUCGGUCCCGUUGAAAGCCGCAAUUAAAAUGGCGACCUGAGAGUUGUCUCAAUUUUGCAUACACCUCUGGCCCAGGCGUGCUGCACCUUCGUCCCAGCUCCGCGCGCCGCCACCAGAACGGGUACUUCGCAGAGGGCGCGAGACGCCCCACCAAGUAGAACAGCACUCGCACCCUUCUUGAGAUUGCAGAGACUCUCUCCUCCGGGGAGACCAGGAAAUCUCGCUCUCCAACCCUCUCUCCUUAAACUUUGAAAACUCUGCCUCCCUUUGGGCUGAGCUCCCCCCCAAAUAUUGACACAUUGGAAGCAGCCAAGUCCUUUUUGUUUCUUGUUUGUGCAGAGGGGUUUGCAAGAGUCCUCCCCUAGCCCCCACCCCCACCCAAUGACGUCAGCGGCAUUCACUCCCGUCUCCUGGCCUGUUAUGAUUUUUUUGUUGUUAAAACUUUUCUCCGAGGUGAGAUGGGGGUUGAGUGGGAGAAGGAGCUAAUUCAAAGAGCCAGUGCCCUGGGGGGGAAAUAGCAACAAGAUUAUGGCUGCUUCUUUCCGAGGCAAAGCUUAAGAAGGUGCUAAUCCACUCGGUCGCUAAUUGAAAGGUUGUAAAAAUGAUAUUCGCCUCCAGUUCGGACAGUCUCUGGGCCUCAUCCCCCCCGCCCCCUUUGCCUAUGGCCAAUGGACUUGAGUUCAAGCUUCUUUAACGCAUGUUUGAGAAGUAAAAAGGGAGAGAAAAGGUACGCAGAUUCCUGCUGGUCUGGGACCUGGGCCCGAUGCCCCACUUCCCGGGAUCCUCCUAAAGUCGCGGUCCUACGAAAUCUUGCACUGGAGAGGCCACUGACCCCAGCGCCCGGCACCGCCUCCUUCGCCUCUGGCCUGGGUUUUCUCCCGGAAUUGAGUGCUCCUGGGAUGCGUGCGGGAAGGGCCAUCCCCAGGCGGAGAGAGUCAGCGAGUUGUGCAACCCCAACCUGGUCCGGGCGGUGGAGGCCUCCGUUCCUUUGGAGCUCUGCCCCGGCUCCUUGGUCGAGGCGUUAGUGGGUCCAGACUGGGGAGAAGAGUGUGAGGCCCACACUAGGCUGGCGGCUCAAGGCAGCCUGCAGCGUCCUUACGUUCCAGCUCCCAGGGAAGGCUGCCACAACGCCUGUCUGCCGCGAGUUCGGGGUGCACAGUUCGUUGAUGAGCUCUGACUUUCAGCACUUCUCCUAAGUCAAGAGGAGUCAAGUGUACCCAGCGUGGCUUCGUUUCAGCCUCCCUGCCUCAGCUAUGCCAUCCCCAUUCUCUUUUGCUGGGUCCUGGGGUGUGUCCCCCAUCCCAAAUCUUCCACUUCCCUGCCACUUGGGCAGCAAGCUCCGAGAGAACUCCAGACUUUGCAGGAGUAGACAGCCGCUCCCUCCCUGUCACCUUAACUGCAAGCGCCAAGGGGCGCCUUUGGAGUGUACUGAGGUGUGUCCUAAUCGUCCGGCAUUCAACAAAUGGACUUCUGGUGUGUGGUCAGAAGAGAACAGCCAUUUGCUUACUUUCCUCCCGGUUUUCUGGCAACAGCUGAAGGGGAGCUGCCUCCUGGGACUGAGCAGACCCAGGAGAGGGAAUUUCGGUGUGGAGACACACGCAUCACACACAGAUAACCAGUGGAACACAUCGACACACGCUGACACACGGACAUCACUGGCGAAGACACACACACGACUCUUCCCCAGCAUUGGUCAUCUUCCCCCACCCCAGGCCUCCACAACCCCUCCUCCCCUCUCGUCUCCCCCUGGCGUCCCCUCCUCUCAGGCUCCUGGAAGAGCAGCCGCACUUAGUCAACAAAUGGCACGUGGGAGAAGUUGGGAUCUGAGAAUUGCUCUCACACACCAAACCAGCAGCGUCCGUGGAGAAAACUCUCACCAGCAACUCCUUUAAAAUACCGUCAUUGCAAACCAUUGUGGUCUUUAAGCAACAACAACAGCAAAAAAAAAAAAAAAAAAAAAAAAAAAGCACCC